AUGCCCAUCCCGUCCAUCCCCGCCCCUUCCCCUCAUCCAUCCGCCCUCGCCGUCCCCCCUCUCGGUCCCUCGCCGUCCCCCCUCUCCGUCCGUCGUCCCCCUGCAGUGGAGGCGGCGUGGCGGCGCUACCACCGGCUGAGGGCGGCACUGGAGCGACUGGACGAGGCCGCAGCGAGGGAGAGGGGCAGGGCGGCGGGCCAGAGGGGAGCGCGCAGCACUGCUGCUGGUCUCAACAGCAACGGCAGUGGUGGCAGUGGCAGUGGUGCUGUCCUGACGACGCUAGAGCGGCUGGGCGUGGAGCGGCAGCGAGUGCUGCACGCGCUGACGCGCGCUGAGGCCCGUGCUGGCGUGCUGGAGCGACUCGUGCGCAGCCUUGCCCAGGCCAUUGCAAUGCGUGAGCGCCGCCUUCUCGGCUCGGCAGCUGUUACCCGCGCCUCACCCACAGCAGCCCUGCAGCGGUCAAGGCUGCCCGCAGCACGGGGCAGCAGCAAGCGCAGUGCAGCAGCAAGGGGGCGCGGGCAGGGGAGCGAAGCGCAGCAGCGGCAGCAGCGAGCACAGGGGCGGCGGGAGAGGAUACUGAGGAUGUACCUGGGGGAGGUGCAGGGGCUGCAGGAGGAGGUGCAGCGCAAGGUGGCUCUGCUGGAAGAGGUGCUGCACGCGUGCGAGGGCGAGGGGAGAGGGGAUGCGCGCUUCGAGGCGCGUCCACACGGGAGUGGCGGUGCAGGGAGGGAGGCCGUGGGGCAAGCGGUGGGGAGUGGUGAGCGGAGAUGGAGUGAUGCUGUGAGGGGUGCAAAUGAAGGUGGGAAUGGGGAGGGGGGAGGGAGUAGGGGGCAGCAGAGCAAGGCAGAUGGGCGGAAUGGGGUUGAGCAAGGCGGGCGGGGGAGCAGUGUAGAGGCAGGAAGGAGUGAGGAAGGGGCCAAGUUGCAACAGGCGAGGCAGCUGCUGGUGCAGCUGCAAGCACUUGAGAAGAGCACCGCACAGCACCUGCACAUACCCUUGCUGAACGAAGAUCUUCCUGUUGCUUGUGACCCCCCUGCAGCGCAGACCACCAAACCAGCCAGCAUAACGAGGGAUCUAUUUCGCAGUCAGGGUGUUGAAGGCGUCGCCGCGGCGGUGGACUAUGGCGACGCGAUGGCGAAGGCAAUUCUGUUCUUCGAGGCGCAGCGGUCCGGGCAGCUCACGGGUGCCUCCAUCCCCACCACCAUCACGUGGCGCGGCGACUCGGGUCUCUCCGACGGCACCGCGCAAGGGGUGGAUCUGCGCGGGGGGUACUACGAGGGCGGCAGCAACGUGAAGGCGGGGCUGCCGGGGGCGUUCGCCGCCACCAUGCUCGCCUGGAGCCUCGUUGACUUUGGCCGCCACAUCCUCGCCGCGGGCGGCGCCGCGCAGCUCUCCGCGGCGCGCGACGCGCUGCGGUGGGCCACGGACUACCUCGUCAAGGCGCACACCAAACCCGAGGAGCUCUGGGCGCAGGUGGGAGACGCGGUGACGGACGGGGCGUGCUGGCAGCGGCCGGAGGACAUGAGCACAUCGCGCACGGCAUACCGCAUCAAUGCCACCCGCCCCGGAUCCGACCUCGCCGCUGAAUCUGCCGCCGCCCUCGCCGCCGCCUCCCUCGCCUUCCGCGACGCCAACGCCUCGUACGCCGCCUCCUGCCUCGCCCACGCGCAACAGCUGUUUGUGUUGGCUGACAAGUACCGUGGUGUGUACAGCACCGUCAUCCCUGGGGCGGCACUCAAGUUCGCCUCCACGGGCUACACGGACGAGUUGGCGUGGGCGGCGGCAUGGCUGUACAGGGCGACGGGGCUGAGGCGGUAUUUGGAGUAUGUGCAGCGCAACGAGGCGGCCAUUGGGGGGACGCAGCAGAUGCACACGGAGAUGAGUUGGGACCAGAAGCUGCCCGGCGCGCAAGUGCUGCUGGCACAGGCGCUGUGGGCGGGGCUGCCGGCGAGCAUCCAGGGGAGUGCAGCGAUAAUGAGGGUGGUGGAGGGGUAUGCAGGCAUGGCGGAGGUGUAUGCGUGUGCGCACAUGCCUGCCAACCCCCUGCGAGCCGUGUACACCACGCCGGCCGGGCUGCUGUAUGUGCGCGGCAGCAACGCCCAGCUCGCCCUCUCCUCCGCCUUCCUGCUCACUCUGCUCGCCGACUCCCUCGCUGCCGCCUCUCGCUCCCUCGACUGCCAAGGCGUCUCCUUCUCGCCCUCCCAGAUCACCGCCUUCGCUCACUCCCAGGUAGACUACCUACUGGGCAGCAACCCGCUCGCCCUCUCCUUCAUGGUCGGCUUUGGCACUGCCUUCCCCCAGAAGGUGCACCACCGGGCGGCGUCCAUUGUCUCAUUCAACACGGACCCGUCGCCAGUGACCUGCCAGGGCGGCAACACCACGUACCUGCAGAGUGCCUCCCCCAACCCCAACGUGCUCGUUGGUGCCAUCGUUGGCGGCCCCAACGCCACGGACGGCUUUGAGGACUCAAGGCAACACCCAGCCUUCACGGAGCCCUCAGCCGCCGCCAAUGCCGUCGCUGGCAAGCGCCCCCCGCCACCCAAGUCCACAACACCUAGAGCACCCCCUGCUCCUGUGUCUGCAGCACCACUGAGCCUGGUGAACGUGUCAUGCACAGUGACGGGCAGCUGGCAGCAGUACGGGGAGGAGCAGAACAUGUGGAGCUGUGACGUGAGCAACACCAACGCCUCCUUUGCUGUGCGCGACGUGGCCCUUGCGUGCUUCAACUUCGAGCCCUUCAAUGCAUGGAAUUUCGAGGUGGGCAGCAGAAAGCGGAAGGCUGGGGCGAGGAAAGAGAGCCAGAGGGGCAGGAGCGGGGUGAGCGGGCGAGUGGGGUAG